AUGCCUCAGAUUUCAAACACUCCAGAAUCCUUGCUUCCUCGCUCAGAUUCUCGAAAUCCAGCAACAACAUGUAGAGGUAUUACCACCCAAGGCCGGCCCUGCCGCCGCUCUAUAGCCUCUUCAAGUCCAUCACCUGCUUCUACUCCUCGCAAGAAGGACCCUCGCCAAGAAGCUAUAGAUGUGGCAUCUUUGUACUGCUGGCAGCACAAGGAUCAAGAUUCUUCGUCAAGUUCAUAUAUGACUGUCAUCACUCCGGCCAAGACGAGGACGAGCAUCGAUACAUUGAUGGAUCGACUCGGUGUGCUCGAAAUAAACGAUGAUCCAGGGCCUCAAAGGCCAAAGCCUCCCCAAAAACGGCGGACAAAUCAAAGUCGGCCGAAGAGAAAGACUACUUUCUGUUGCUUUCAGAUCGUGGAAGACAGCGGCGAAGAUGACAAGCCUACCUCAUUCCAACGGCCCAAACCCCCUCGCCCCACACAUGGCGUUUCGAACCAGAAGAUUCAACUGCCUGCCUCAGCCGGAAGGCCGCAGCAUGCAGGAGGGUCACCCACUCCUCAGACAGCCCGGCCAUCAUUGUCAAACACGGGGAAUCCUUCUUCCUCGCAAACACAAGCGUUGUUGUCAUGGAUUCCGUCUACACUUUCCCCACAGACAACAUCCACUCUUAUCACAGAGUUAGCCAAGCCAAUCUCCAGCGCCGACGACGAAGGCUAUAUCUAUAUGUUCUGGGUGACGCCCCCAACAACCACCACAGAACGGAGCGCUGAUACCGCAGUACCCCGAGACAUCGCAUCCUCUCUACUACCCCAAGCCCCACAAAGUAGCAAUCACCUCCGCCCGCCCACUCAGCCGCGCAGCGUCAGCGACGCAAUCCGCGCAGCACAGAACCUCAAUGCUCUCACCUCCAACCCAACAUCAACCACGCCCGGAACGCUCAGGCUGAAAAUCGGACGCACGAGCAAUGUGCACCGUCGACUCGCUGAAUGGAGUAAGCAGUGCUCGUACGAUCUGACCUUGAUCCGAUAUUAUCCUUACACACCAUCGUCCUCCUCGUCGUCAUCCCCUGCUAGGAUGCCAUCAUCCCACAACAGCCGGGAUAGGGCCCCCUCAGCCUCUUUAGUACCGGGAAGGAAAGUCCCGCAUGUGCACCGUGUGGAACGACUCAUUCACCUGGAGCUGGCGGCUCUGCGUGUGCGAGACUUAGGACAGUGUCCUGAGUGUGGGAAGGAGCAUCGCGAAUGGUUUGAGGUCGAGGCAGCGAAGGAGUCGCUCAAAAGAGUGGAUGAGUGUAUUCGACGAUGGGUCUCCUGGGCCGAGUCGAUGACCUGA